AUGACACUGAAAGAAUUUGUUGACACUCACAACGAUGGAACGUUCCGUGUCUGUUACUGAGACAGUAGAUUUACCAAGUCAUAUUUUGGUCCAAAAUCAGAUGCAAGACAUUAUUCUAACUCAAAAGAAUGUGAUCGAAAAGUUAUCUCAAGAUUUGUCCAGUCAUGAAGAUUCCAUGAGAGAAAGUUUUGCUUCAAAGUCCAUAUAUGAAGAAGAGUUAAAGAACCUACAGAAAAGUAUUAGAGAUGACUAUGUUCCUAGAAGUAAAUUAGAAGAAGCAGAGAAUGACUUACAGGAGGAGAGGUUAUCUCAUUUAAAUACCAAGAAACAACUGAAUGAUGUAUCUGACAGACUGGAAUUUGCACUAGGAGAAAUAGAAGUUGUAACUAAACAGAUAGAAAGAGAAAAGGCAGCUUUUCAGAAAGCAUUUGGGACAGUUCAGAACAAAGCCAUUCAAGAAACAUCAAAGUCAAUAAAGCUGGAACGCAAAUAUACAGAUGUAACAAAACAGUGUGAAAAACAGCAAGAUGAUUUAGAAUCAAAAACGGAAGAAUUAAAAUUUUUGGAAGGCAAAGUAAAAGAACAGGAGGUUGUUUAUAAGAAGAAAUUGAAUGAACUAGAAAUUCAAAAGAAACAGGAUCGGUAUAUAGCAAAAAUGAUGGAAGAGCAAAACAGAAGAAAAAAUAAAACUAAAGCUAGUUUAUUGACUCAAAAAUGAUGGAAAAUGAUUAUUAACAUACUAAAUUAUGAUAUUGGCAGCUAUAUUCUUUUCUAGACGAAACACAAGUCUGGCGCAAAUACAAAAUUUCAAUCCUGGUAUCUAUGAUGAGUUUAUUUGUAUAAUAUUUGAAAAUUUAAAACAGCUGCUGUAAGAUUUUAAACGAGUAAUUAUGGUACAUGUACAAUUGUAUGAAGAUUUGAAAAUAGAGCAGAUGAUAAUUCUGUCUGACAUGACAUACUGUUAAUUUUAGUAUAGCACUAACAAAGUAUAAAAUUUGCGAAUUCAUAGGUUUAAGAAAGCUAGGUGUGAUUUAUAUAUUUUAUGUAAGAUAUAUAUACAUUCUUUAUGAUAUUUGAAAGUAGAUUAAUGAUGAUGAUUUGAUGUAGACACUUGUCUGUUAUUGAUGCCCAUUUUUUAGUUUUUGGUGUCCUCUGUUGCUAUCUCAUUGAGGUAUCAUUUUAUAACUGUGAAAAUUGUGAUGGGAUAGGUUUUUCAAAAAUAAAAAGUUGCAUUUUGAAUUCUGAAAGUAUUAUUUGUAUUCAGUGUUUAUUGUACUGUAAAUUCAGAAAUGUUUGCAAUGUUUUUUUUUAUGCAAAAAUUGUGAAGGUAUAUGUUUUGUAAAAAUAAAAACUUGUUUUUUUGAAACCGUUAUUUGUAUACAGUGUUUCUUGAAAUCACAAUAAUUAAUCUCCCAUUUUUUCAGUUGUUCAACAGUAAUUAAAGCAUGCAAAAAUUUUUGAAUUUAUAGUAUACGCAAAAUCUCCUUUUAUUCAUAUAAACAGUAUUUUCAGUCAUGGAAAAAUUAUAUGUGAUUCAUUUAAACAUGUAAAAUUGAGAUGGAAGUUAUUACAAUGUAUUUACCUCAUAUUUAUAUGCAAGACUCUAAUAAAAGUUACAACAUUAAAAUGCUUGCAAAUGAAAAAUGUUGAAAA